AUGUCUCCCAGGAGCAAGAGGUCGCAGUCGGGAAGCCCUUUCAAGCUUGCCCUGCCAUAUGUCUCACCCGGUCAACUCGCUUUUGCGGCGAUGCAGUUUUUGCCGGUUCCCGUAUUGGUUCUCAACAACUUGAAAACAGUAGUACUGGCGAAUGAAGCCAUGUGUCGGCUACUUGGCAUGGUGACAGAUGCAACUGAGCCUCAAGAUGUCACGUCUAUCGUGGACCAACUCCGCGGGCAGACCAUGUCGCAGGUGGGCAUUGACCUGCUGCAAGAUGGCCGGCCUGUUUGGAUCUCUUGGGACGAACUUCUCGACUCUCUGGUAACUGAUGGGCUCACAAAAGCCGCCGAGUACAUGACGAGACCACCUUCUCCGGAUGGGGCUGUGCCUGGGGAGUUAACGCCGACAACUCCUGGUCCCAAAGAAUUCGUUGAAGAAUCGAAUUUUGUCCAUACACAACAGGCAGCCUCGAAGCUUGGCGGUGAUUCUGCAACCUCGGUCGUCGAAGUCGUGAUGUCAUCUAAGACGUUUAACGCGACCACCAAACCCCAAAAUACCGACUCUCAGCAAGUUCUCGCCAAGAUGAUCAUCAACAUUUUUGAAAUAGAGGAGCACCAACCCUAUUUUACGUUGACUUUCACCAAUACAGAAACACCUACUGCAACAAUACCAACCAGGAAAAAGGUAUCGAGAUCUACGACAACAACAUUGGAACAUGUUGACAAGAAAUCGAUUUCCAACUCCAAUCCUCCGUCGGUCAGCUCGAGUCACGACUCAAGCUCGCCAUCUACGACGUACAACCCGAGUGUUGUGUCGUUGUCAUCCAGUCCUUUCCCCCCGAUGGGCCCUCCUUCACGCAGCACAAAAUCGACCUCGCCUUCCUUGUUUCAGAAAAUAAUUACAAUCAAGGAUGCGCUUCUCGAAAACACGCAAAUGCCCAUACUAGCUAUGUGGAAAGAUGGCAGUGCGCCGGUCAUAAACUCCGCUGCUCGUGAACUUUUUAUCGACCCCUUUGCGGCACCGGAAGCUGGGCGAGAUGGUAUUGGCUUUCUCGACAAAUGGCAGGUCUGGGAUGAAGAGUUUACACGUCCAUAUGAUCCGAGUGAAUUCCCAAUAUCAGUUCUCUUGAGGACCGGUGAGCCGUUCUCCGGCUGGCGCAUUGGCAUGAAGAAGGUACUUCAAGACAAGAAAAUUAUAUUUGACGUUCUUGGCGAGAUUAUCAAUGACCCUGCCACAGGAGAAAUGGUUGCCGGAGUUGUUACUUGUCGGGAUAUAACUGAUAUGGCUCAAGAGAUCACCACAAUCAAAGAACAAGACGAGGAGAGAUUCAAGCUUAUCUGCGACACUAUGCCACAGCUGGUUUGGACGACGACUCCAGAUGGCAUGCAUGACUUCUUCAAUUCUCGCUGGUACGACUACACCGGCUUGGCACCAGAGGAAUCGCUGGGGCUUGGUUGGAAGAAUCCAUUUCACCCGGAUGAUAUGCCUGCCACGGUUAGAAGAUGGAAGCACAGCUUGCAGACUGGAGACCCAUAUUAUACGGAAUACCGAUGCUUGAACAAACACGGCGAGUGGAGAUGGAUGUUAGGACGAGCUCUGCCUCUGAGAAACAAGCAGACCGGCCAAAUCGAAAAAUGGUUUGGCACAUGCACCGAUGUACAUGAGAGCAUGGAGACCAAGUCUGCUGCUAAGCGAAUGCGACAGCAGCUUCUCAGUGUUCUUUCGCAUGGGCAAACAACAAUAUUUUCUGUUGACCGGAAUCGGAAACUGACCAUGCUUGAAGGUGCCCUGAUAUGGGACAAUUUGAGGGCCAAAAAGGCCGAUCGGGUUCACGAGGACGACAGCAGCGAUGACGACCUUUACGCCUUGAAAUUUGUCGGGCAGAACGUGGACGAUGUUUUCAACGACCUCAACCCACGAACGGAACGUGGGGAUAUCGUUGACUUCUUGAAGCCUCUCCACGAGAUGCUCGACGGAAAAUCGCGGCGGGAAUUUAUUAAGGAACAUGAGAUGGAUGAUCAAUUUUUCCGCACAAGAUUGAUUCCUACCAUUGGCAAACAGUCGCGAGAUGGCAUGACGAGUGAAUCUGUUGUCGAUGGUGUUAUCGGCAUUAUCAUGAAUGUGACCGAGUUGAAGGAGAGAGAACAUGAUAUUAAGACCCAGGCCCAAGAAAAAAGGCAACUACUAGCGAACGAGGCAGCUGCAAAGGAAGCCAGUCGUCUCAAGAGCCAGUUUCUCGCAAACAUGUCACAUGAGAUCAGGACGCCCAUCACUGGCGUUAUUGGCAUGGCCGAGCUCCUCCUUGACCUGGAACUCGGCGAAGAGCAAACAGAGUAUGCACAUAACAUCGUCCGAUCGGCUAACGCUCUGUUGACUGUCAUCAACGACAUCCUCGACUUCUCGAAAGUGGAAUCUGGGCGAUUGGACAUCGAAGAGGUACAGUUUUCACUAUCAGUCGUGGUGCAAGACGUUUCGAAGAUGCUUGGCUUUGCCGCGGAGAGGAAGAAUCUGGAAUUUCGAUCCAACGUGUCCGCAGACAUCGCCCACGAUCUGGUUGUCUUGGGAGACCCGGGGCGCGUGAGGCAGAUCAUCACGAAUUUACUGACAAACAGUAUCAAAUUCACGAACAAUGGACACGUAAAGUUCUCUGUAUGGAAAGAAAAAGAAACGCGGGAUACCAUCGAGAUCAAAUUCGUUGUCGAGGACAGUGGGAUCGGCAUUGAAGAGGAGGUCCGACAGCGCUUGUUUCGACCGUUCAGUCAAGGUGACCCAUCCACAGCGCGAAAAUUUGGCGGUACUGGUCUCGGCCUGACUAUCUGCAAAAAUCUCGUUGAGCUUAUGCGCGGUAGAAUCACCUUGGAAUCGUCUUUAGGGAACGGCACAACCGCAACGUUUUGGAUUCCAUUUAACAAGUCCCAAACACCACAAACGUCGUCCAUCGUUGAGGUUGGUGCUUUACCCGAUCGUUUACAAUCCGAAAUGAGCGUUUCUUGUAAUAGCUCAGAGUACGAGCACAUGCUUCAUACUCCACCGAACGGUCCAUUAGGUGGUACUACGAAUAAACCGUCGCCCAACAGAGCACGAUCGAUCAAUAUACCAUCACCUCUAGUCUUCACUGAGGAGGAUCUAUCGAUGCCAGAACGGGCCAAGUUUUCUGUUCUUGUCGUCGAGGAUAACGCUAUCAAUCAGCAGAUUGCCAUCAAAACUAUCCAGAAACUUGGCUUCAAGGUUGAAGCUGUUUGGAAUGGAAAGGAAGCUCUCGAAUACAUGGAAUCUUCCCAAGCCGGUAAACAGUUGAAACCAGAUAUUAUUUUGAUGGAUGUUCAGAUGCCUGUAAUUGAUGGAUACAAGGCCACUCAUAUCCUACGCCACCAUGUCCCUUACAAGGAAUUUACAAGGAACGUUCCCAUUGUUGCCAUGACUGCAUCGGCAAUCCAGGGCGAUAGAGAGAAGUGCAAAAAGGCUGGCAUGGAUGACUAUCUCUCCAAGCCAGUGAGAGGAAAGAUGCUAGAAAAGAUGCUCGUCAAAUGGAGUCGGGCCCGAAGGAUGAGUCCGACUUCCACUGUGCACACUGAUGUGUCGGUCUCGGAUUGCUCAGAGGCUGGAGAGCAUUGUCUCAGUGCAGACAUACCCACGUUUGGUCUGCGUGAUGUAGACACUAGAUCUACAACGCCAAACGAUGAAACCCCUUGCCCGCCAAACAAUCAUGACGGUGAUCACGCUAAUUUGCUGACGCCAAAACCACUGACUGGAAAUGGAUCACAUGAGGCGACAGGUUAUCCUUUUGGGUCAUUCAGUGGCAACAAUUCAGGGCAGAGCAGGGCCCUAAACCCGAACGAGCUGGCGAUGCAACUCCGGGACGAUAAGCUCUUGGACGCUGCUGGCGGAACUGACGCAUCCAAACCUCAAUUGGAGAGCCAGCUUCCCAAAGGCGACUCGUUGACUGAAGAGAAUGUUGAAAAACUCGAGAAAGAACGGAUGAGGUGA